AUGCCGUGUGUGUGUGAGGCCAGCGAAGUGCCGCGCACACCGCUCCUUUCGGCACUGCUGCAGAGUGGCAGCAUGCCGGAAACAGACAACGUCUCGCAGAAUGGAGGCUGCGCAACGCAUGCUUUCAUGGCCGUCACAAAUGCAGCGCCACGGCCCAGCGUUGGCCACAGCAACGGCAGAGAAGACGGCGUUGUGCCGAUCAGGCAAGGCGAUGACCGAAGUAAAGUCGACAUGGCUUUCGUGAACGCGUCGUUGCAGCCCCUUGCGAGGGCCAAAUCGGGAGCUGCGAGGCAUCUGAGCUGCAAUGACGGAAACGACAGUACUGGAGGUGGGCCGAAAAGGCGUGGCGGCAACGCAGCAGAAGCCCUCCACUCAUCCACUACAGCCGGCGCAGACGACAAGGACGCCCUUCAAAGCGCAAUGACAUCAGCAUCCUCGCAAUGUGUGCACUUCGUGCCGAACAAUGUGGCGACAGCAACGGCUACGGAUGUGCUCGAGUCACCGGCGGCGCCUCCUCUAUCGCCAGAGGGCGCACACAACCCAUGUGAUGAUACGGACGACCCUCUACAUUCGCGCCGUCAUCGCCACUGCUACACCGACACGGAGUCGCCGGGUCUGGGUGGGAGCGACGGACCGCAGACCUGGUCUGCGGCAUCGUCGGUGUCCUCAGCGCCACAUUCCACAGCUGAGACGCAAUGGUGCAACACCAGUGAGGGGUCGGAGCUGGACUUGCACGAGAUACCUCUGCCCGUCACGGACACGACGACAGGCCACUUAACCGCCGUAUUGUCUGUGUGCGGUGGCGAGGCUUCGCCGGUGACCAUCGAUGCGCGAACAGCCGAACCUGCGCAAAAAAACAAUACGGGCGCGAACGGGUGGUCGCCUAUCUCUGUGUCAGCCGUCAUGUCGCCCAACCGGCAGAGCAUCGCUGGCUUGCAACAAUCAUCGAAGGGGAGCGGCUGGAGACGCAAGCGGUCGUGUGACACGUCAGCGGUGCAGUCAGAGAGACACAGCUGCUGCUGCUGCAGCGAUCACGGCGAUACCUCGCCUGCCUCCCUCGAAAAGUCUGUUCCACGGAGCACUGGGAAGCCGAUUGACGACGGCCCCGCGUCUCCAGUGGCAUCGCUCUCGCAGAAGCGAAUCGAGUCACUAGACGACAAUACCCGCACCCCUACGUCAACACAGGCGACGAUGGCAAUCACGCCAACCACAAUGGAAUCUGGCAUUGCCCUCGAUCCCUCCAGCUCCCAUUCCUCACUGCAGUCGGUUGACUCGCACCACGCGCUGCAACGCAGCGCGUCCAUCUCUAGGAUGUGUGUGCCUCGACAAGAGAUGGCCCCAUCACUGCAUCUGUCCAUGCCCAUUCGCGCAGGCGGUGCUGUUGUGGCAAGCACCAUCGUAGGGGUGUCUGUUCGAAGCCCGCUAGAAGCGACCACCUCUCUCAUGCUGCCGAUGUUCACGGUUGACAGCACGGCGUCGCUGAUCACCUUCCCAAGAUCCGACACUGCGUUUCCACUUCGGACAACGCUCAACACGCUCACCAAGUCGGUCGGCGACGAGUCGCAGCAGCCCUCACCGCGACUCCACGACCAGGGGGACGCGGGCGACGCAGACCAACCUCCGCUUACACCCACCGCACCUGCCGUCACGCCAGCCGCGCAGCACCUGUCGAGCUCCAUCGCAGCAGCGCGGCGGGAGAACCUCGAUGGCAGCUCUGUCACCUCAUCGCGACAGCAGGAGCAGCAGGCGCCUUUUGGUCAAUCUAAGCACGAGGAAGCAAACGCCACCGAGAGCGGAUCCUCAAACUCGCUCUCUCCUCCACCGCAACAGAAUCUCCGCAACUUCACCGUGACCUCAGCCAUCUCCUUCUGUGUCGACAACGCCGCCACCGCGUGCGACCCGCGCAGUAAGACUGCGGAGCAUAGCAGCCUGCACAGCAGCGCCAUCUCCAUGCGGCAAAGCUCAACCAUGUCGGAGGACCAAAUCCUACAGACGCUUGCCCACGGCAUGGCGCUGGGCGGUGUCAUGACAGGUCCGUGGAAAGCAGCGCAGGACAACUCGACGCCCACCCCGCCCAAGCCGUGUGCGAGUGACCCGGGGAGCUGGCGCCUAACGGGCAGGCCGUUCGCGCCGCAGCAUCCCCCGUCCCCGCCCUCGCGCACAGUCGCCUCGGGUGAGAUGGGCACCGACCGCGGCACGCAGCAGGGCUCUACGAACUGCGCCACAUGCCCAUGUGGCUCCUCGCUGAUGGCACCGCACAUGCACAGAGCGGCGAUGUCGCUAUACCUCGGCAGCGGCACGCAAGCGCCGCGCUCACACGGCAAGAGCCCAGCAGCAGGGCUUGUCGCGCCCCCGACGCACUUCUCGGAGCUGCAGAGACAGCGAGGGAGGCUGAGUAGGAUGAGCUCUACAAGACCUGUGGAAGCGCAGGGAGCAAGGCCGGCGCAGGUGCGCUCUCUGGUAUCCGUGUCGGCAGCAAGCGGGGCCGACGAAGCCGCGGAGACUGGCAGUCGUUCGCUCACGCAUAGCUCCCUCGCUGUCGUUCUGUCCAGCCCCAGCAAGCGGCACAGGGGGCUGCCAAACCUUGGCUACUUCUGCGCAACGGCUGACGACUCUCUGAGGGACGCCAGCGGCUCCAGCGCCACAACGCUGCCCGCCUUGCUCUGUUCUGCCCUUCACGCUGAGCGCUCGCUCGCCACACCGUUUGGCGUGGAGGGGGUCAUCUUCUCUGCAGGCAGCACCCCAAACGUGGUGGGCUGUGUAGAGGCCGGUGUGGCGGCGUGGUUGCCCGCGGUUAGCAGUGACACAGCUGCAAGGCCACUCAGCGGUGAUCAGGCAGUGAUGCUGCAACGUAGUGACAGCAGCACAGCGCAUUACCACGUGCCCAGUAGUGGCGUCUGCAGCAACGCCGACAGCGGCGUCGCCGUCGGGGCGCCGAUGGAAGCACUGCGUGCAGAACGAUUUACUUUUCUGCAGUCUGUGCAAGACGUCGGUGGUCUUGCUGCUCAGGCGGAGACGGGUGCCUUGCUCGGCGACGCGGGUGCUGUACAGAGCUUACUGAGCGAGGAAAAAGCCGAGCCGGCGGCACUGGCCACCCCGACUGUUUCGCCACCGACGCUCAUGCCAUCCUCUGUGUUCGUGCCCCUCCCCACGGUCGGCUUUGUGUCGGGGUGGAUGCCACGGAUUCCUGCUGGGGGCGUGUCGACGCUGUUUCCCUUCAACACUACGAGCACAGCCGCCUCCUCACCGGCGAGGAAAUCGGCGGUGUCAUCAGGAAACUCCAGCGAGUCACCCGAUGGAGCCAGUGAGCGCAUAUCGGCACUGCGGAUGGCCGCAGAGCCGAUGUGUGUCGCUAACGACAGUGUUGCCACGGCGUCGGUCACGUUUAUGGCUGAGACGUCGUCUGCGCGUCGGUCAUCGCCACCGGCACCGGCGAUGUUGCCCCGUCCCUUGCUAGUACCGAACCCCUCCUAUCGGAUUCCCGGGUCGGAGGUUGCAGCGGCAGUGGCGACGCCGCCGCUGCCAGAAAUGGUGAGCUUGAAAGACAACGUCAGCGCACGGCCCCGCGACGGUACAAGGAGCGUGUUUCAGCCCGUGUUGCCGCUUGCUCAAGAAGAAUACGCGGCCACGUCGUUGAGCUACGAGCCAGGGACACCAAAGGCAAUGAGCCCUGUGCCCGCGAGCCGAGUAAAAGAUGAAUCAGUGGCCGCGACGGAUCUGCAGCACCUGUGGUGGGCACCGGCAGUUGCGUGGGCCGCGGCACCAUUCAGAGCUACUGGACCUGAUGCCCGCCCAACUCCGGUGCAUUGCAAUAGCGGCGAGUCGGGCAUGCACUCCGCCGCGCAGUCCCUCAGUUGCAGCUCGCUGCGCGGGCUCUUGCCCCAGGAGCAGCAGGCCCCACGUCAGCUGCAGAUGUGUGCCUCGGCUGCCAUACGGCCCUCGCUCUACAGCGUCCAUAACAACGGCGAUCAAGGCGUCUACCAAAUCGCGGACUGCAUGCGCAACGCACGCGCGGGUCCCGUCGGAGGCGCAUUGCGAGGGACAUCGAGUCCCUUUGUCGAGCGGACAGCGGGUAUGGGCGCCGGUGGUGGUGAGGGGCACGGCCAGAGAUGUCGUGCCAAUGGCGGGAUGCUCUUCCACAAACGCGGCACGCUCACAGGCAGCAGCGGUCGGUGCCACAAGAAGGGCGGAAAGGGAGGCGGCGGCACAGGCUCACCUCUCCGUAUCUCCAUCCCACGCUAUUGCGACGUCGAGACUCUCCUGGAUGACGCGGAGCAGGCCAUGAGCAGGGCGGCUGUCCCCAUCAUCUCAUUACUUGGCUGCGGCGGGCCAUCGUUGCAUGAGGACGCGUACUCGUUUGAUAUGCUCGGCAAUGGCCUGGCGUCGAGUGUGAUGUCUUUGGCGACGCCCGCACCGACAUCUUCCAACGCCGGCAUGGACAUGGGCCUCGUGUCGCCUCUGGUGCUUGCGUCAGCAUCCGACAAGCCGGCGGCAAGCCCCACGGGGAGGACGUCGUCCCUUUCCCUCAGUGCGCCGAAUGAACGGUGA